CUUGGGAGCGGCCGGCCGAGGGAUGCUCUUCCUCCCCCCGCCCCAGAGAUGUCGGCAACCGGCAGCAAAUACAUCGACACGGAGGUGGAAAACGCCAUCAACGGGGUGAAGCAGAUGAAGACCCUCAUGGACAAGACCAGUAAGGACCACCAAGCCAUCCUGCACACGCUGGAGGAGACCAAGAGGAGGAAGGAGGAGGCGGUGCAGCUGGCCCGGGAGAAGGAGCAGCAGCUGGCGGCGAAGGAGGAGGUGUGCAACGAGACGAUGCUGGCGCUCUGGGAAGAGUGCAAGCCCUGCCUCAAGCACACCUGCAUGCGCUUCUACUCCCGCACGUGCCGCAGCGGCUCGGGGCUGGUGGGGCGGCAGCUGGAGGAAUUCCUCAACCAUUCCUCGCCCUUCUCCAUCUGGGUGAACGGCGAGCGCAUCGACUCGCUGCUGGAGCGGGACCAGCGGCAGGAGCGGCAGUUCGAGGACCUGGAAGAACGUUUCGGGUUGCUGGAGGAUGGGGUGGACGACAUCUUCCAGGACAGCACCCAGGUCUACGGCCGCAUGUAUCCCUUCUUCCGAGCACCCUUCGGCGGUUUCCGCGAGGCUUUCCGCCCCCCUGUCCAGCACAUCCGCUUCCCCCCGCGCAACGAGAGGUUUUCCCGGGAGCUGCAUCCCUUCUUCCAGCAUCCCCACCACGGCUUCCACCACCUCUUCCAGCCGCUCUUCGAGAUGACGCAGCGGAUGCUGGAGGAGGUGCAGGGCAGCUGGGAGCACCCGCUGGGUGGCUUUGCCUCAGGUAGGGUGCUCGCCACGGGCUGGGUCCUCUCCAAGGCUCCCAACCUCGAGGACCCCUCGGCCCCCCCCGACACGCAGGUGACGGUGCAGCUCUUCGAUUCGGAGCCGCUGUCCCUCACCGUGCCCGGGGACAUCUCCUGGGAAGACCCCCGCUUCAUGGAGAUCGUGGCCGAGCAGGCGCUUCAGCACUACAAGCAAAACGCCAUCAGAGAGUAGCCAGGCGAUGCUCCGCACCCCCCGCCGCACCCCGGGUGCCCUACCAAGCCUCUCCGCCGCCCCGUCCCCGUGCCAGGGGGUCGAACGCUGCUGCCACUGUGCCACCCCCCACCCCCGCUGCCGGGGCCCCACUGUGGACCCCAAA